AUGAACAGCUGCUGCAAGAGGAUCCGCACCGUGAGGAACGGCGGCGCCCCCAGCAACCAGCGCGCUAAUAGCGCGCGUCUGGCCAACCAUGGACAAUACGAUCUCGGAGGAAACUCGGGGAGCUACAUCAUCCCGCGGGGGGUCCGCACAAGAGCCAAGUGGAUCCAUCCUCGGACCGCGAUGGACCGCGCCCGCACCUCCAGGCAGUGCGCCAGCACCGCCCCGCACACUGAGAGCGCCAUCAGCAAGGUCAGGAGGAGCAGCAUCAAAGACGAGGUCAGGGACCAGGUCCGGUUGCCAUAA